CCUUUUAAUGAAAACAAUUAGAUGACAACCAGCUAUUUUCAGAUUCUCCGCAAUCGAUGGCAUUUUUGUGGAAGGUAGCCUUCCCAUGCUUUUUUCCCCCUAAAAACCGACCAGGAUAUUGCGACUAUUUCUUUCAAAUCAUCUGGCUAGCAAUAGUUAAACUAGUACCUCUUCUUGAAUUACGUUGCGUCAAUCGUCCAUUUCUUAUCCAAUCCCGACCCACUUCCUCAUUCACGAAAAGAUUUUUGGCUCAAUAGUUUCUAUCAAAAACACUUAGAGACUUCGUCCGCCUAAACGGUAGACUGCUUUGCAGCCUGUCUGUCUCUUCAAGGCCAACAAUAAAAGGUAUGCAUUCAAGAAUAGGGUCUCCUGAAUCUACGGGAUUUCUGGGUGUGAAAAACGCACAUGGAAGGCCCAAGCUAGAAUGUGAACUGAUUGCUCGGAAAUGCGAUCAAGAAUCACUUCAAAAUAUCGAUAGUGAGGUCUCAGAUGACCGUAGGGUGACUGGUAUCUCAUGGGCGGUUGUUGUUUUGGCCGUACUCUCCUCGACUUUUCUGUAUGCUCUCGAUAACACCAUCAUGGCCAAUGUCAGACCCAACAUCAUUGCGACUUUCGAUCGCAUCGAUAUGCUUCCUUGGCUGUCAAUUUCAUAUCCUAUGGGUGAAGUCGGUUUCAAUCCGCUGUGGGGGAAUUUGAAUAAAUCAUUCAACAGCAAAUUUCUGUAUCUGGCAGCUAUUCUGAUAUUCGAAAUCGGCUCUGUUGUUGUGGGAUCGGCACGUUCAAUACAGUCGAUAAUUGUGGGUAGAGCUAUUGCAGGUCUAGGGGGUUCGGGCAUAUAUGUUGGCACAAUCAAUAUAAUAUCUGCUAUGACGGUUCUUGCGGAGCGCAAUCAGUAUCUCAAUCAUGUUGGCAUAGCAUGGAGUUUAGGAACCGUUCUAGGUCCAGUCAUUGGCGGCGCACUUGCUGAUUCCAAGGCGACUUGGAGAUGGGCAUUCUACAUUAACAUUUUUAUAGCUGCACUAGCUGCUCCGGCAUGCAUAUUCUUGAUCCCAACUACAACAUCUCCAAUCCGACGAACUGUAUUGGAGCGUAUCAAAUGCAUCGAUUUUGCUGGCGCAUUGCUUUUUUUGGGAGGCGUCGUGUCUCUAGUCAUUAUUCUGGGUUCUGGAGGGGUACUAUAUGACUACCAGAGUGGUCCAAUGAUCGCUCUUUACGUAAUAACAGCUGUGAUUUGGGCAUCUUUUUGCAUUCAGCAGCGAUUCGGUUUCCUUACCACCGACGGAAUAUUUCCCAUAAAGUUUGUCGGCGACUGGGAAAUGGUAAUCCUGUUCAUCUGGACGUCGAUUGCUAUUGGAAAUGUUGUUGUCACUAUCUACUCGUUGCCUCUUUUCUUUCAAUUCACAUUCGGUGACUCUUCUUUACGGGCAGCCGUUUAUACAAUACCCUUUAUUGUUGCUGCUGUCGCCAGCGCUGCAAUAUUCGGCCCUGUCUUUGCAAAGUUCCCUGUUUAUAAAUUUUGGUUCUUUGCUUCCAGCGCGCUUAUGCUCGUCGGAAACGGCCUGCUGUUGACCCUGAACUAUAAGACGUCUCGGGGAGCUAUAUGUGGCUGUACUGUUAUUCAAGGUAUAGGGUGCGGCCCAGUGAUGCAGCUUGGCUACACUGUAGGCUACGAUAAAGCAGACCGCGCCUCUGCAUCUGAAGUAACUGGGUUCAUGUCCUGCGCUCAGAUGGCUGGGCUUGCCCUGUCACUAGGCGUCUCCAGCAGUAUAUUCCUAAAUCUCGCCACGGACGAAAUCGCUACUUUGUUACCUGGAGUGUCUCGCCGUAUGAUUCAGGACACCAUCGAUGGGGCGAAGACAAACUUCUUCAAAAGCUUUAGUUCAGACAUUCGUCUUCACAUUCUAGAAACUAUUGCUCGCACCGUGGGGAAGAUCUUCUACCUUAACGUUUCGGGCGCUGCUCUGGGUCUUGUUACGUCCAUUUUCCUGGAACGGAGGAAGUUGACGUUCGAAUCUCGAUGAUCCACGAUAUUGAUAUACCAAAAUAGAUUCAAAGUAUUUG